GAGGCACAUCGCAUAAAAAGUUUCUAUAACUCAAGAGCACAACCAAACCCAAUCGACUAUCGUUCCCUUGAUGCUUACAGACAGCAUUCGUUGAGGAGAAGAGUAUCCAAAGAAGACACCAAAGAGAAGCACAAAGUCUCUGAGAGGGAUCGAAGGUCUCGAAUGAACAGCAUGUACUCAGACCUGCGCACAAUCCUCCCUAAUAUCAUCAAACAGAAGAACAAAGCAUCAGUGCUUGAAGAAACCAUCAGGCAACUGAAGCAGCUGAAGUCGACAGCAUUUGAACUGAAUGCAAUAUGUGGUGGUGGGUCGGACUGCUUGUAUCCUGGUGGUGAUGAUGACGACAGUGUUGUGAGUAUUGAAGACAAGGAAGGAAAGGGAGAACAGCAGCAGCAGCAGGUUGUGAAGGUGAUGCUGAGCUGUGAAGACAGGAGGAAGCUAAUGGAGGAUGUUGGGAAGGCGGUGAGGACAGUGAAGGCUAAGGUGUUGAGGGCAGAGAUGGUGAUAAUGGGUGGGAGGAUGAAGUGUGUGUUGUGGGUUGAAGAGAUGGAAGGGUAUAAAGGCAAGUGCAUGCUAGAGAUGGCUCUCAAUGCUGCUGCAAGAGGGCAUGUACAGUAGAGAAAUCGUGCAUGUUGUUUGUUGUGUAGUUCUUACGGGACUAUGAAAUUGCAAAAUUGCAAGGAC